CUUAUUUUUUAUUUUAUAUGGACCUUUCUAUUGUUUUCAAACAGUAAGUAUGGUUUUGCUGAUUCUUUAUUUUUUGCACCUUUGCCUCCCUGUUCUUGCAAUAUCUAUACAUAGGUUUGUAUUUCUUAUUAGUAUUUUCAUACUACUCAUGGCUUGUGUUUACCUUUUAGUCUGAAACACUAGGAUUCUGUCACAUAUUCAUGAAAUAGUGAUGCUCUUGAUAAAAAUAAAUCUGUUGCUGUUGGAAACUUUGUAAUGGGAUAGUGUUUUCUUCUAAUGUAUGCUAAAACUUGCUUAUGAAAUCAACUGGAACACUAGAAGCCUUUCAAGCAAUAUUCUGUGAAAAUAAUUUAGAGAUAGAACUGCUUAAAUUUCUUAAACCAUGUCCUGUUGUCAAUAAAGAUAAAAAUAAAUUUAUGGUUCUCUGUAUUGAAUGUUGGAUUGUUGCACUAUACCUAUUCAAAUCUUUAAAUACAUAAUUUCAGUAAGAUAAACAUGAAUUAAAUCUUUCAGUCUUUAAUUUACAGAAUUAUUUUAGUGCAUUCAUUUUUAUAAUAAGGUAACAACUUUCCAUCUAAUUCCUAAAGUAUUUUUUUUUUGUCUUUUUUAAUUUUCAUAGAAUUUGUCAAAAUAUGUUUGGUAAAUAGUGUUUGAAGAUAUCUAGAUUUUUAAGAGAUAAGACAUUGUUAGGUACAGAACCAGAAAUCAGGGUAAAAAUGUAAUCUUUAUUUGUAAAAAAUCAAUCUCUGCCCUAGUAUAGUAUCUACGUAAUACAGACGGAUAUGUUGUACAUAAAAUUCUCUCCUUUAUCAAGAUAUUUGAGAAACCUGUAUUCUUCCUCCCAAUUUCUAUCAGUUGUCAAUUGACUCUAGCUAGCCACCCCUUUAUCACCUGUCUUUUCUGAAGAGAAAAAGUUAUUUUAUGAACAAAAGUAAUUUCUAAUACUAAAUAAAAGUAGUACUACCACUCUUGUCCUUCCAAACCAGGCACUAAGAGACACUUAAUUACUUGAAUAGGUGAUAUGCAUUCCUAGUUACUCUUCUUACCCAUAUUAGCUUUAUCGUUUCAUUUUCAACAUUUUAGUUGCUUUCACUUUGUUAAUGGCCCUUGGGUAAUAAUGUCGAGCCCACUUAUCUUUCUCAAACAAGGGUGAGUAAGAGGUUCUAUGUAAUUAACUCAUUAUAAGAGUGGUAGUAUUGGACCAAGAGUAGAAUGAAAAUUAGGAAAAAUCAGAACGUGUAGUAUUAUUCAGUGGACGUCCAUAUUCUCAAAGUGAUCCAGAGAUAGGAGAAGAUACUUGAGGUAAACCCCUCCUCCAGGAAUUCAUGAGAUCCUGGUCCUCUCCCAGUCUGCUGAGGAGAUCCCAAACAUCCAAGAUCUGGAUAAGGAGUGGAUCGUACCUAGAUUGUCUUAACAUGGUAAGCUUGACAGAACCGUUUUAAUUAGCAUUCAACCAAAACUCUGACCAAUAAGCUAUUUUUUCCAUUUCUGUGAUCUAGAGAUAAAAAUAUAUACACAAGACAACUUCAGGGGUUUGAACACUCUUCAACCUGCCUACUCCAAUAAAAUUUCUCUGAUCUUGGUACAACAUCAUGGGUUUGUCUGAACAAGACAUUUUUUUUCCUCAAACGAAGGCUCGAAAGAAAGAAGAGAGACUUUGUGAAGCCCUAAAAAAGAUUGAGCCUGCUGAAUCUUCUGAAACAACCCACGAUCCUGAGAUAUUGACACCGGAAGAGCACUUUUUCUUCUUAAAGAUGGGCCUUAAAUGCAAAAAUUAUGUGCCAGUUGGAAGGCGAGGAAUUUACCAAGGUGUAAUUUUGAACAUGCAUCUACAUUGGAAAAAACAUCAGACCUUGAAAGUAGUGGUGAAGACAUUUUCAGCAGAGGAGGUUAAGGACAUUGCUGUUGAGCUGGCAAGAUUGACUGGAGGUAUAGUGCUUGACAUUCAUGAAGAUAACACAAUAAUAAUGUACAGAGGGAAAAACUACUCCCAACCUCCAACAGAGAUUAUGUCUCCACGAGUGUCUCUUUCGAGAAAGAAGGCAUUGGAUAAAUCCAAAUACAGGGAUGCUCUCCGUGCUGUGAGGAGACAUAUUCCAAGACUAGAGCAAGAACUUGAAAUUCUGCAAGCGCAAUUCAAAAGUGCAGCAGAGAGUAAUGCAUAUGCUUCUGACGCAAUCCAGGACAUUGACAGAGAGAGAAUUUCAAAUUUUCAGUUAGACAAUUCAGAUAAACACCAACAGUUGAUGGAUGAUAACAUUGGAUGCACAGAAGAUGAGACAGAUAAUGACUCUGAGUUGGAUUUUGAUUCCGAUAAGUUAUCAGAUAUAUUUGAGACAGAUUCGGAUGUAGAGAAUUUCACCAAAGAGGAAAAACCUCUUUAUUUGGACGAGUUUGAUAAGUUUCCAGAGCAAAGCAAUGGAGAAACAAUUGAUUUUGAGGAGCAUCUACGACAAAUGUCUCUGAAUUCCAAAAACAUGGAAAAGGACCAAGACUUACCAAAGCUGGAUGAAGUUGACAGGAUUUUUCUACAUGCCACAUCUUUUUUAAAGAAAAAAACAAAAUGAGAAAUUUGCUAAACGCGAGUGUUGUAAUCAUCAUACUUAAAGAAAGAAGAGUAGCCUUACAGAAAUUACGAUGUACAACAAUGAAUGGCUUUUCUAAAUUACAAAAGUUUUAGAUUUAGCACUUUA